AUGGCUGAAAUGUCUGAAGUGGAUCUGGAUGCUCUAGUGGUCCAGGUGGAGGGACUGGGCCUGGAAGAAAACAAAGUGGGCUCUGGGGCCUAUGGAAUAGUCUUCAAAGUCACAGUCAACGGAAAAAAGUGUAUUGCAAAGAAACUUCACAAUAUCUUGCUCCAAGCUGACAACUACUACCCUCAUGCCCCCACUCAGCAGAGGGAGUUCAUUGUGAGAAAAUUCCGCAAGGAGUGUUGCAUUCUGAAGAGUUUGGAUGAUCCCAACGUGGUCAGCUUUGAGGGAGUCCAUUACGGCCAUGACAAGAAUGACAUCAGUCUGAUAAUGGAGAGGCUUCAUUCUGACCUGGCCGACUUUGUCAAGAAGAAUCCCAGCACAAACCUUGCCACUAGAAUCCACAUUCUUUACGAUGUAUCUAAGGGCCUUCGCUACCUUCACUCUCUGACCCCUCCCCUCAUCCACCGAGAUCUCACUGCUCCCAACAUCCUGCUCACUGAGGACCUCACUGCCAAGAUCGGAGACCUGGGCGUGUCCAGGUAUGUGGAUCCAACAGUGCCCACCAUCUUGUCCACUAAUCCGGGACACCUCAUCUACAUGUCUCCGGAAAGCCAAGUGGAGAAUCCCGUUUACACUACCAAGCUGGACAUCUUCUCUUUCGGGAAUCUCAUCAUCCACACUGUCAUCGGGGACUUGCCUAAGGUGUACAGAAUUCUUGAUAAUGAUCCUAAUGAAGCAGUGUACAAGCGUGAGUGGAAGAUGGAGCUGAUGAGACGAAACACAUCUGUCCAUGUUCAAAUGGGGGAGAACCACGCCCUUUAUCCUCUCGCUGUUCGUUGCCUCCACGACCGACCAGAGCAGAGACCAGCAGUUGAGGAAGUGAGGAGCUCACUCAGAGAGCUGGGUCACAGGCACCCCAGAAUGGUGAGUGCGAGAGAGAGGGUUAAUUACUUCCUAUGUUACGUAUAUACUAGUGUAUCCACAGGGAAAUGUAAUUGUCAGCACAUGUAAGUAUAUAUACAUACU